UCCGAUGACAAGGUUCCUCACACUGAAGACAAGGUUCCUUACUCUGAGGACAAAGUUUCUCACUCUGGCGACAAGGUUUCUCACUCUGAGGACAAGGUUUCUCACUCUGAGGACAAGGUUCCUCACCUUGAGGACAAGGUUCCUCAUUCUGAGGACAAGGUUCUUUACUCUGAGGACAUGGCUUUUCACUCUGAAGACAAGGUUCCUCACUUUGAGGACAAGGUUCUUCAUUCUGAGUGCAAGGUCCUUCACUCUGAGGACAAGGUUCUUCAUUCUGAGGACAAGGUUCUUGUUUCUGAGGACAAAGUUCUUCUCUCUGAGGACAAGGUUCCUCACUCUGAGAACAAGGCUCCUCGCUCAGAGGGCAAGGUUUCUCACUCUGAGCACAAGGUACCUCACUUUGAGGACAAUGAUCUUCAUUCUGAGAAGAAGGUUCUUUACUCUGAGAACAAGGUUCUUCACUCUGAGGACAAGGAUCCUCACAAUGAGGAGAGGGUUCCUCACUUUGAGGACAAGGUUCUUCUUUCUGAGGAGAAGGUUCUUCACUCUGAGGACAAGGGUCUCCACUCCGAGGAAAAGGUUCAUUACUCUGAGAACAAGGUUUCUCACCCUGAGGACAAGGUUCUUCACUCUGAGGACAAGGUUCUUCAAUCUGAAGACAAAGGUUCUUCACUCUGAGGACAAGGUUCUUUACUGUGAGGACGAAAUUCUUCACUCUGAGGACAAGGUUCAUCACUCUGAGGACAAGGUUCUUCACUCUCAGGACAAGGAUCCUAACAAAGAGGACAAGGUUCCUCACCUUAAGGACAAGUUUCUUCUUUCUAAGGACAAGGUUCUUCACUCUGAGGACAAAGUUCUCCACUCUGAGGAAUAGGUUCUUCGCUCUGAGGACAAGGUUCCUGAAACUGAAGAGAAUGUUCUUCACUCUGAGGACAAGGUUUCUCACCCUGAGGACAAUGUUCUUCACUCUGUGGACAAGGUUCUUCAUUCUGAAGGCAAGGUUCUUCACUCUGAGGAGAAGGUUCUUCACUCUAAGGACAAGGUUCUUUACUGUGAGGACAAAGUUCUUCACUCUGAGGACAAGGACCCUCACAAUGAGGACAAGUUUCUCACUUUGAGGAAAAGGUUCUUUUUUCUGAGGGCAAGGUUUCUCACCCGGAGGACAAGGUUCUUCACUCUGAAGACAAGGUUGUUCAUUCUGAGGCCAAAGUUCUUCACUCUGAGGUCAAGGUUCUUUACUGUGAGGACAACGUUCUUCACUCUGAGGACAUGGUGCUUCACUCUGAGGACAAGGUUCUUCAUUCUGAGGACAAGGUUCCUCACUCUGAGGACAAGGUUCUUCACUCUGAGGACAAGAUUCCUCACCCUGAGUACAAGGUUCUUCACCCUGAGUACAACGUUCUUUAGUCUGAGGACAAGGUUCUUCACCCUGAGGACAAGUUUCCUCACAAUGAGGACAAGGUUCCCCACUUUGAGGACAAGGUUCUUCUUUCUGAGGACAAGGUUCUUCACUCUGAGGAAGAGGUUCUCCACUCUGAGGAAAAGGUUCUUCACUCUGAGGACAAUGUUCCUGAAACUGAAAACAAGUUUCUUCACUCUGAGCACAAGGUUUCUCACCCUGAGGACAAGGUUCUUCACUCUGAGGAGAAGGUUUCUCACUCUGAGGAGAAGGUGCGUCACUGUGAGGACAAUGUUCCUCGCACUGAGGACAAGUUUCUUCACUCUGAGGUGAAGGUUCCUCACACGGAGGACAUCGUUCCUCACUCUGAGGACAAGGUUUCUCAGUCUGAGGACACGGUACCUCACUUUCAGGACAAGGUUUUCAUUCUGAGAAUAAGGUUCCUUACUCUGACGACAAGUUUCUUCUUUCUGAGGACAAGGUUCUUCACUCUGACGACCUUAUCUUCACUCUGAGGACAAGGUUCCUCACCCUGAGGACAAGGUUCUUCACUAUUAGGAUAAGGUUCUUCAUUCGAAGGACAAGGUACGUUCCUCAUUCUGAAGACAAGGUUCCUCACUCUGAGGACAAGGUUCCUCACUCUGAGGACAAGGUUCCUCACUCUGAGGACAAGGCUCCUCACUCUGAGGACAAAGUUCCUCACUCUGAGGACAAGAUUCCUCAUACUGAGGACGAGGUUCUUUAUUCUAAGGACAAGGUUCCUCAUUCUGAGAAGAAGGUUCCUCACUCUGAGGACAAGGUUCAUCACUCUCAGGAAAGGGUUUCUCACUCUGAGGACAAGGUUCCUCACUUUGAGGCCAAGUUACUUCACCAUGAGGACAAGGUUCUUUACUCUCAGAACAAGGUUCCUCACACUGAGUACAAGGUUUUUCUCUUUGAGGACAAGUUUCCUCACUCUGAGGACAAGGUUUCUCACUCUGAGGACAAGGUUUCUCACCCUGAGGGCAAGGUUCUUUACUCUGAGGACAAGGUUCUUCACUCUGAGGACAAGGUUCCUCACACUGAGGACAAGGUUCUUCAUUCUGAGGACAAGGUACCUCACUCUGAGGACAAGGUUCCUCACUCUGAGGACAAGGUUUCUCAAUUGGAGGACAUAAGACUCAGACUUGUGUCGAAUAUUAUGCUCAACAUAUAA